GAAAUUUUAAAUUCGACCCCCAGUAAAAAGGAUGAGCUCAGAAAGUGCGCCAGCAAUAGUAAUUGAUAAUGGAUCAGGUAUGUGUAAGGCAGGGUUUGCAGGUGAUGAUGCGCCGCGCUCGGUGUUCCCAUGCAUCGUGGGGACGCCUAGGCACCAGGGUGUGAUGGUCGGAAUGGGACAGAAGGAUUCAUAUGUCGGUGACGAGGCACAGUCCAAGAGGGGUAUCCUGUCACUGAAGUAUCCUAUAGAACACGGAAUUGUUCUGGACUGGAAGGCUAUGGAGAAAAUAUGGCACCACACGUUUUAUAACGAGCUCAGAGUUGCACCGGAGGAGCAUCCCGUGCUGAUGACUGAGGCACCGAUCAAUCCUAAGGUUAACAGGGAGAGGAUGUUGCAGAUCGCUUUUGAGACAUUCAAUGUGCCUUCUUUCUACGUCUCUAUCCAGGCCGUGCUUUCUUUAUACGCAUCGGGCAGAACAACAGGAUUGGUUUUGGAUUCUGGCGACGGUGUCACGCACAUUGUUCCGAUCUACGAGGGAUACUCGCUGCCACAUGCCAUGAUGAGGCUUGACUUUGCAGGAAGGGAUGUAACCGAUUAUUUCAUCAAGCUGCUCAAAGAAAACGGAUACUCGCUUGUCACGACGGCUGAGAGAGAAAUCGCACGUGACUGCAAGGAGAGUACGUGUUACGUUGCUGUAGACUUUGCAGAGGAGCUGAAAAGAUACGAGAAUGCUGAGAAAGAGAUUGUUAAGACGUAUGAGCUGCCUGAUGGUAAUGUUCUCAAAUUAGGAAAUCAGGUGUUCCGAGCGCCUGAGAUGCUCUUCAACCCUUCAUUGUCAGGAUUUGAGCUGCCAGGAAUCCAUGAGACCAUUUAUAACUCCAUUAUGAGAUGCGACGUUGAUAUAAGAAAAUGCCUGUACAGCAAUAUCGUGCUCAGCGGUGGAACAACGAUGUAUCCAGGCAUAUCAGAUCGUUUACAGAAGGAAAUUUCGGCGUUGGCGCCUCCAUCAAUUCAGGUUAAGGUUAUUGCACCACCCGAGCGAAAAUACAGUGUGUGGAUCGGUGGAAGUAUCCUGGCCUCGUUGUCGACUUUCCAGACUAUGUGGAUCACGAAGGAUGAGUACGCAGAGAUAGGACCCAGCGUGGUGCACAGCAAGUGCUUCUAAAUGAUUAAAUGAAAGUUAUUUGAACGU